GGGAAAUACAUAGUGUGGACGGGGAUUGAAAAACGAACGAUGGAGAUGUUCGCUCCUCAACAUUUGCUAUUCUGGCAAACGGGCGAAGUUAUCAACCGAACCGGAUACAGUCGGUGAUCUUCCCCGCAGAAUGCAGGGGAUCAAGCUCAAGCUCAGUCUCGGUCCAUCUUGGCGCGGGAGCCAGCAAUGUGGGCGGCUCCGAGCUUCCAAGAUUGGGCUAGCCUCAUGCAUUUCGUCAAAACGAUCGCCCAAAAGAAAACACGGCCGGGAUAUCGACGUUUGCAGCAGGGCCGAUAAACCCCAUUCUGAACGAGCGUCGUGUUUAUGGUUGCAUCGUGCGGUUCCUAGAAUUGGUUUGCUUCAUAAUUUGCGGAACCCCUGAACCAAUUGAUAGGUCGUGGAAGGAUCCGUAUUUGGACGGGCUGGCGACACGGAAUGCAGGCCAUGAACAUGUAUGUAUGUGCAUGUAUGUGUGGUAUUGAUUUGGUUUUAUGCGGGGCAGGAUUCGUGUGGAAACGAAUUAUAAAUAAUAACAAUGCGGGUGCGCCCACUGUAACUAUCACGCUCUCGUAGGAUUCCUAGCAGUUAAAUUUCUAACCCGGGUGCGUUCACCGUUCAAUCGAGGUGAGCACUCAAUUCGUCCUAUAUUUUUGGCCCUUGGGCUUUCUAUAUCCUCUAGCGUCAAAGAAAGGAUGAAACUUCCCGACGCGUCUCGUUCCCCUUGGGCAGUCCUAGGGCCGCUGCUCACCAGCGCGCUGUCGCUGUCCCUACUCAGCCAGCCCGCAAGAGCCGUGCCAAAUGAAGAUGAAAUCAGUGCGAGUGGCGGCAAUCACAAGCCCAAUGACCCCUUUGCGGUACUAGAUCCCCAGAACUGGGUCAACCCUGAUAAUAUGACCUGGGACGACUGGAAGUCUCCCCCUGGUACCAACUGGGCGGACCCGACCAAAAGGGGCUCAUUGCGCAAUUUCAACAUCGCCCUGGUUACUGUCGACUACCCGAACAUGCCAUUUGCCAUUCUCCAGAAGCCCGGGUCAACUAUUUUCGGCAACCCGCAGCCAAAUGCGCCUACAGGGCUUACGCGCGAGAAGGUGCCGGCUUUUUACCGCGAUUUCCUUAACAAACCCAGUGAGGUCAACCACGGACACACGCUCCAUGAGUACUGGAUGACCGACUCUAUGGGUCGUUAUGGCGUUGACCUCACUGGAUUUGGCCCUUAUGAGCUGCCAUUAAAAUCAUUCCAGUACGGUAUCGACAAGCGGAUGAACGACGGAGCAUGCCCGACGGGCGAGACGUGCGAAAUCGAUCUCCGCACUGACGCUCUUGGGGCCUGGCGCGCGGAUGUUGGUAAUGAGACAGCAGACUCCUUCGAACUCAUCUUCAUCCUUUCCGCGGGCCAGGAUGAGUCAGCCACAUGGCAAGAAUUUGGCGAAAUGCGCUUUCACACCCCGGAAGACGUCACCGAUGAAUUUGGCCCUCCAACGGCGGAAGAUCCAAACUUCGCAAAAACUCGCUAUGUAGACUGGACGUCGUGGGCCGCGGCGUCUACCAUCUGGCCUAAUGCCGAUGGAAAAUCAUCGACCCAGAGCGAGAGUUCUGGUAUGGCCGUGUUUGCCCACGAGCUUAGUCACUUGCUUGAUAUUGGCGAUAAUUACAACAAUCCAUAUGGGAAACCACCUCGACGGUCUUAUACUGGCCCUUGGUCUAUGUUGUCUCGCGGCAGUUUCAAUGGCCCCGGAGGGCCCCACUCUCGCUGGAAGAUCCCUCCCACGCAGGGAGGCUCCAUGGGUUCACUCCACACCCUCCGCGAUAAGGUUGAGCUCAAGCUCGUCGACAACGAAAACCUCGUUCGGCUAUCGCGCGAGGGAUUACCCAAAUCGGGCACUGUUGUGGCCCGUUUAACAGCCCGAUCGGUCGUUCCAAGCAAGGUCGAUCUAAUGGGUAUUCGCAUUGCAAUGGAUAGCGACAAGUCACCAGCUUGUGAUCCGGAUACUGACCCAUUCUGUGACGGAGGUGGCUAUAAUGGUUAUGACGUUGAGGUCAUCGACCGCAUGGGUCCUGACUCCUUCACUCCGGAUUCAGGGGUCAUGAUUAGCAAGACCAAGUCUAAGUCUCGAGGCACUUACCAGUGGACCAUUGACGCGAACCCUCAGGAUCUGGGGGUUGUUGACUUCUAUAGACCAGAUGGCACACCAGGAAUGAUCAGUCUCGGCGACUUCCGUCAGCUGGCGGACGCGCUGUUUCACGCUGGUACCCGUUCCGGCAGUGAGUACGAGUAUGUCGACAAAGCCAAUGGGCUGCAUUUCUAUAUAAUCGACAUUCACCGCGACAGGAAGGGCAUUCUUUCGUACACGGUUGCUGUCCGGCCACUCGAUAAGAAAGACUCCCAUAAGCGCGGCAUCAAAAUCAACAGGGGCCGAGUCAAACCGAGCCGCGGCAACAAGCCAACACACAAGGGAGUAACCUGCUCGUUCAAGCUCCGCAACACUGGCUCCUACUCACCUGCCAGCGGUGGGAACAAGCAGCAUCCACAGGACAUAUCUGAGUACCUGAAAUCGGAUGUAUACCGGCUUAAAGCCACUGUUAAAGGCAAAGGCUGGAAGGUCGAGCUGCCCAACGCGCUGACCACAGCUAAGUUUGGACAAUGGACGACAGUGGAUGUUGCCGUCGCUGCGGACAAGUGGGCUACGUACAAUGCCGAAGUCAAGCUGACAGCGACAUCGGAAUCAGAUUCCUCCGUCGUUGGAUCUGCGUUUUGCCGGGUGAGAAAGUACAUGUACUAGCGGUGGGCUUGCGCAGGCGAGAUUUCUUCUUCUUAAGACCGGAUAAACAUAACUUAGCAAGUUCUUGUAUGUACAUAAAUGAAAGCAUCCCAAUGUUUAUAAGGGAAUAACUCGAAGAAGUCUUGAAGAUUUGUAGGAGAAUCCUCGAAUAUAAUAACAAAAUAGGAGAGCAUAGACCCAUUGGAGGAGAGGAAAUCUCUCCAAUAAUUCCCUAGGGUUGCAUACAGCAUGGUAACUAUCUCCAAUAUUAGUAGUUUUCUCGGGAAAACAACAAGUGAAACUUACUCAUAACUACCCACACAUCACUGCCAUGUAUUUGCAAUUGAAGCAGCAAAUAUUCAAUGUUGGUUGAGCUUUGCUUGGAGAUGGUUUGGUUGCAGAUAGAUGGAUGGUGUGAGAAAUGCCGAGGUGCUAGAUGAAGUUUGUCAUGUUU